GUUUGAGGUUUGCACGUGAUGUUCGCUGACUCAUCGGAGAGCUCGCUUUCCUCCGCUCUUUAGGGCAGAUCCAUGGUGGGGCGCACACCUUUUUGUAGUUUUGAUUCUUGGACAACUUCAACUUUUCUUUUCGAUCAACCUGCCUGUUCCUUACUUCCGGCACGCAAACCUCGAGCCUCUGCCGAUUUUCACGACACAAAAAUGCCUCCCAAGUUCGAUCCCAAUGAGGUCAAGGUGAUCCACCUCCGCGCCACUGGUGGUGAGGUCGGUGCCUCCUCUGCUCUCGCUCCCAAGAUCGGUCCUCUGGGUCUCUCCCCCAAGAAGGUCGGAGAAGACAUUGCCAAGGCCACUGGCGACUGGAAAGGCUUGCGCGUGACUGUCAAGCUCACCAUCCAGAACCGUCAGGCCGCCGUGUCGGUUGUGCCCACCGCUUCCUCCUUGAUCAUCAAGGCUCUUAAGGAGCCUCCUCGUGAUCGCAAGAAGGAGAAGAACAUUAAGCAUAACAAGUCUGUCAGCCUUGACGAGAUCAUUGAGAUCGCCCGCACCAUGCGAUACAAGUCUUUCGCCAAGGAGCUCUCUGGUACUGUCAAGGAGAUUCUCGGAACCGCCUACAGUGUUGGCUGCCAGGUCGACGGCAAGCCUCCCCAGGCUAUCAUCGAGGCCAUCGACAGCGGAGACAUCGACAUCCCUGAGGAGUAAAUUAUUUCUCAUAACAUAGUCACAAUUCUACCAGUAUGAGAAACCAAAAAUAUACUCAUUGAUCGAUGGCAGCUCAUGACCAAUUAUUUCCGUCACGUCCCUGUGAUAUUCUUCGAACUUGUGAACCCUUGACUCACUCUGAAAUCU